UCCCGUUUGUUUCAUGAGCCAAGUUUGACGUGUACAGGUUACAGUGGUCACAGAUUGCCGGUGCAUGAACGUUUUUCAUGUAUCAAUCUUUUUAUUACGCGAAUUAACAAUGUUAAUACUAUUAAUCGCGAUAUGUAUUUUUUCCACCGUACACGCUGCGAAUCUGGAGACAGUUCACGACGACGAACUCCUGAAUCUCAUAAAGACUGAAAAAUAUGUGGUAGUUCUAUUUACAAGAAAAGAUUGCCCCAAAUGUGAAAACUAUGAGAAUGAACUGAUUCAAUUGCGCGAGGAUUUAGUUGAUUCUUUGUCUGCAUGGAUUUUUAAAGCUGUGGAUAGUCAAUUACUUCAAUUGUAUAGUACUGAUAAAGAACCAGUCAUAUUGUUUUUCCGACAUGGGCUUCCUCUACUGUAUGAUGGACCUUUAAACGAUGAAGAAAUUUUAAAUAUGUUCACGGAAAAUAAAGUACCUGCAGUAAAGGAACUUACAGAUGAUACAUUUGAGCAUUUAACACAAGCAAGUAGCGGUGCUACAACUGGUGAUUGGUUUGUUAUGUUUUACAGUACAGACUGUGUGCAAUGCUUGCGUAUGGUCGCAAGAUGGGAAACAGUCGGUGCAAAGCUCAAGCAGAGAGUAAAUGUAGCACUUAUUAAUAAAUCCACAACUGGGGUUUCCACAGCCAGGAGAUUCAAUGUUUACGAUACUCCGCAAUUUAUAUUCUUCAGACAUGGCAAAAUGUAUCGUUAUGAUACAGGAAGAUAUGAUAUUAAUUCCCUUGUAUCAUUUGCCAAAGAAUGGUACAAAAAUGUAAGAGCAGAGAAAGUACCUGUACCUCAAAGUCCCUUCGAUAAUUUUACACAAAUGAUUGCAAAUUUGCUUCAUGAUAAUCCGUGGAUACUGAAAUUAACCAGCAUUUGUAUUGGAAUACUAGUUGUUAUUACAGCAGUGUCUAAAUUUAAACAUAAACCUGAAACUCCACAGAAAAAGGAAAAAUAAAUCUACUGAAUUUGAUUUGCCAAAGAUGUAAUAUGGAUAUUUCUCUAUUUCCAACUAUCAUCUAGAACUUUAAAAAUAGUUUUUGAUUGUACAUUAGAUGUU